AUGGAAACUCGUGGGAUCGCGUGGGUCUUCUUCCUCGGACUCCUCUCUGCAAAGGUCCUAACAGCUGUUUAUACGGGCGAGGAGGAGAGGCGCAGAGCGGAGGACGUCGUCCAGGUCCGGGAUCCGCGCAUCCGCGAACCAGAUAAGAGGCUCGCCUUCGACUCCUGCUACUGUGGAAUCUCGCAAUACACGGGGAAGAGAUCCGGGGAUCCCCCGGGGAAUUCCACGGAUUCCGACCUGGAUCGGAUCAUCGGAGGGACCGUCGUCCCCAGUCAGACAAAGUAUCCGUGGAUGGCCUGGGGUGGAUUGACUCCGACUCAGAUGGGUUGCACCGGGGCCCUCAUCAACGAUCGAUACGUGCUCACUGCGGCACACUGCGUCUUCGCCAACCGCCAUGCAACGUUCUACGUGACUCUGGGAGACUUGGACCGGUCGACGUCGUCCGAGAGCCGCUCCAUACAGAUAACGGCUCGGGCCAUCCCCCAUCCGGGGUACAGAUAUCAAGGCACUACACCGAUAGACAACGACAUCGCCCUGAUGCGACUCGAUACUCCGGUGAACUGGAACGCAUACCCGCACAUCCGUCCGAUCUGCCUGCCCAGCGGUCCCUUGUCCGUCGCGGGACAGACGGUUACCAUCGCCGGGUGGGGCUGCACGAACGUACUGGGGGCAGUUCUUGGCUACACCUCGACGAAGUUGAGGGAGGCGACGCUGCAGGUGGUCAGCGAUGACGUUUGCCGGAGAACUGCCAGUGCCCCUAACUACAACAACUUCCUCUGUGCGCAGAAGACGGGAAGCACCAUCUGCAAGGGAGAUUCCGGUGGACCCCUCAUGUUCCGAACUCAGAUCGGAUAUUACAGGAACGUCGGGAUCAACUCGUUCGGCAGCGGCUUCCCAUCCAACGGCGCCGGUUUCACCGAGACAGGAAGUCGGUGUAGUUCCCACUCCCCGUUGCCCCGCCCCGCCCCGACCCACUCGAGCUCCUUCUCUCACGGAUCCUUCCUCUUACAGAUUACGUGA